GGAGUGGUGGGGGCGGCAGGAGGAGGAGCAGGAGGCGAUAGUUUGGGAGGGGACGGGGAAGUGGGCAAGCUGCGUGCGCAGGUGAAGGAAGUGGAAAGGACGAAAGCGCUUCUGGAGAGGAAGGGAAGAGGAAGGACGAGCGGAUCAAGCAAUUGGAGUCCGAGGUGAAGUCCAAGGUAGUGGAGAUGGGUAUGCUGAAGAGGAACAUGCAGAGGGUGGAAGGCGAGCUUAAGGAGAUGGGGGCCACUCCUGCGAAGAAGGACGGCGGGAAAGGGAAGUGGGGCAGGGGUCAGCUCAGACGAGGAGGUGCAGCAGCUGCGAGCAGCACUCAAGGCCGCGGCGCACAAGGUGCAGGUGCUGCAACCGAUGGCUGCGCUGAACGAGAAGCUGGUGAAGAAGCUGCAGGUUCUGGAGAGGAAAAACGGGCUCUCCAGGACCUCCUAGAGCAGGUGCUGGAGAGGAGGAGAGGCAGGGCUGCAGGGGGGGGGAGGGGUGGUGGUGGAGGAAGUGGAGCGGAGGAGGAGGAGCGAUGAGUGCGGAGGAGGAGCAGCGGCGGCAGGAGUUGCUCGAGAGGCUGAGGGCCAAGGGGCUGGUGGUGGAUGAUGUGGAUGAUCUCUGUGAUGAUGAGCUGGCUGAUGGACCGGGGUUGGGGUUUGGGCUCUUUUCGUGCCUGUUCCAGAGCCGAGGCAUGGCUCGACUCAUGCGGUGAGAAAUAUGGGGUGAUGAGAGUCCUUCAUGGAAGCCGUCAGGGCUGGUCGGAUAUGUUCAUUCUGAUUCCUCUGGGUGGUUCUCCAAUUAUAUACUAUGUACAGGCCCCCAAAUUGGUUUUGGGUCUGUCUGAUUCGUCAGAGUCCACUGCCUUCCCUUGGUAUGGGUGUCAGAGUUGCCUCCUUGAAAAAGUCUGAAAAAUCAGAGUAGCCUACAAUUUUUUGUCUGACCAAUCAGAGUCAUAGCCAAACUUUAGUAUGAGCCUUUUUUAUGG